UAUGGUUUUAAUGAUUUUAUAAGUUCGGUAACAACAUAUAAGAGCGGUUACCAGAUGUUUAAAAUGAACCAGUUAAUUGUAAAUGUAGUACAGUUUUACAAUAUAAAAAAAGAAAUGUAAACAAAUUAAAAAAAGAUAUAUAUUAUUGUCAUUGGUUUUGAGUUCACCCUCAGUGAAAAUAUAGUCUGGAAAGUUUGGAGGGGAUUCCCCAUGUGUCACUUGACAUUACGAUUUGUGCUGAUUAAUGAACUAUUAUUACAUUUUUCUUUUUUAACAGUUGUGUAUAUUUAUAUAGCAACUACAUGUAUUUGUUUGUCCGAUGUAACAUAUGUAAGCUAUAGUCUUUCCGACAUGGAAAAGCCUCGAGCGGAAGGUUUUAUGGUUACAUGAGAGACAACAUUUUUUAUUAGUUUAUGGAAAAAGAAACCGGUGAGUAAGAGUUUUUGUAGCUGAUACAGUGUAGGUGGGGGUUCAAGAGCUGUCUUUUUUUUUUUUUUUUCUUACAGAUAUUUCCCAGCAUGCAAUUAUAACAUGUUCUUUAAUUCAUUGAUUUGGCACGUAUUAUGCUGGAUGCCCUUCCUAACGCAACCCUCCCAAUUGAUCCUGGCUUGUGCAACCCUAAUAGCUGGGUUUGUUCUUUAAUUAAUAAUUGAGGUGAAACCAUUGUCAGGUUACAAGAAAUAACACACUUUAUGCUGUUAUUGAGGAAAAACCAAUGUUUUGUUGCUAAGGUUUGGGCAGCAUCACACUCCCUGUUAAUGCGUGCUGUAUUGUUUUAUUCCUAUUGGAUUGUAUUCUCAUUCGGGUGUGACUGUAGAGACCAGUGGAGCAUUAGCACUAAUAAAUACCGACAGAUACCCAUUUCUUAUUUCUAGUUGGAUGAAUUUGGCUCUUCAGUAUCAGAUCCGUUAACAGCACGAUACCAGCAUUCUGACUUCUGUUUCCUUUGGGUAAAAGACUCAACCAAAAUUUCCAUACGUGUUCUAUUGUGUUCUGGAGAUCAUAUCUUGUAUUCCAGGUGCAGAUGUGAGCUGUAACAGCGUGGAUUCCAAUGUCAGCAUCAGCUGUUUGAUCAUCAAUCUCGAGUAUGUCGAGUGUAACUGGACUAAACCACAGAUGCAGCAGACAAACUACACCUUUAGCAGUUUAUUUUGGCGUGAUCCGAGUUCAAGAGUGUCAGGAGUAUCUCCGAGAGCAAAAUCACAACGUAGGCUGCCGGAUUCCUCUUAAGGACUCGUUACAUCGGUUUCAUUCUUUCGAUGCAAAGCUCUCCGAUGGAGGAAAUCAGUCCAUCUGUAAAAAGUACCCAGAAAUGACAAAGAUAGUGAAGCUCCACCCUCCCUCUAACAUCUCUGUGAACUCAAGUAGUCGAGAAGGAGAGGUCUGUGUGUGCUGGAUCAGAAGCAAAAUCAAGCCUGAUUGUGUGAACUAUACAGUAGGCUAUCAGAAAGACUCUGGCCUGUGGAAGUUCUCCACUCCAAAGAGCUCGACUUCAUUCUGCGUGUCUCCUGUCUCCAGUGGAGUCGUUUAUACAUUCAAAGUAAGAAGCGGCAUCUCGGAUAUGUGUGGACCUUCUAAUUUCUGGAGCGACUGGAGUGAUUCAGUACAAUGGAUCAACAAUGAAGGAGAUGUGAGUGUGGGACAGCCUCAGUCUUUUUGGCAUAUAUUGGGAAGUGUAGUGGCAGUCAUAACCUUCAUCAUCCUUGUAUUACUGCUGAUCUAUAGCGAACGUAUUAGAGUUUCUGUGGCACCUGACCCAACCAAGAGCCUCCAGGAUUUAUUCAAGAAAUAUAAUGGCAAUGUUGAGAGCUGGGUUUAUAUCUCCAGAGAGCUGAAGGAUGCUUUUGAUCCAGAUUACACAGAGUCUCCGUGUGUUGUAAGUGAACCAAGUCUCACUCUUGAGACUAAAACUAAGGACGUUCCUAUGGAGCAGCCCGUCUCUUAAACCCGGCGUACUCUCUUAUUGCUGCUAUGGAAUCCAAGCCAACUGGGAGAUUUACAUUUUACCUUUACUUCAUUUGGCUGCUCUUUUAAUCAGGGACUGAAGCAGGAUGAACUUAAUUCAGAUUUUUUCAUACCGAACAUGAGUUUACCUAGUCAUUAUAAAUUUUUGUGAUCGUGCUACUUAUCCAAGUUAAUGUUGGCAGUGCUCAUGUGCUUCAUUCUGCCUUACUUGGAUUAGAAGUUUCUUUUCUGUUCCACAUGUUUCUGAUGGUGAAACACCACCUCAGCCAAACUGAACGAAGGCCUGCUAUAGGAAAUUGUUUACGCCAGUAAGUAGCAGGGGUCAUUUGAAAGGCUUUUUUUUUUCUUUUUUUUUUUAUUUUUUAAAGCAGAUGUACUUUAUUCUAAAUA